UUGGAAUAAAAUGGCGGACGACACCCGUCUCACUUAGAUUGUCAUUUCUGUUGCCGUUCUAGUUAGGAACGCUACAUUUUGGCGCAGCCGACAGUGUUCGAAGACCAGCCAUGCGGGUGAUGUUUUUCGUCGACCAGGCGUCACCGGAGUCUGUUGUGUUCACCCGAUACCAUGUGCACGGUGUCAGCGUCGAACCUUCCUCUCGAAGUUAACUCUACCGCACUGAUCAACGUGGUGCUGCAACAAGCUGCAAUCAGCCGCCAAGCCCUCGUGCAAACAGGAUCGGUGACAGUGAAUCUACAACUGCAGACACUGAGCGAACUCCUUCUGGAACCCAUACGACGUGGCACCCUCAAAGAGGAAACGCCUGCCGGGAAGCACUCGAAAUUGUCGACGAGCGUGGUCUAUCUGUCGCACGGAUCGCAAGCACUGCGCCAUAUAUGACGUCAUCAACCCACCCGGCACCUGACACUUGCACGUGCUGAGCUGACACCGAUCAGCGAGGGUCCAGCGCCGGCCAAUCAAAGCAUCACACGAAGAACUGGAAACUGUAAAACCGAGCGUUCCCCCAACGAUCGGCUGCAGUCCGGCGGAGCGUGCGAGCCUGUCAUAAUCGCUUUGUUCCUCUUGUUAGUCAUCGUCAAGGCCAACGGUGGACGCUUGUUAGAGUGAUGAAAUUCCGCUGUCCCAUGCGUGUCAUCCUUCACUUCGUGUGGCGUUCGUGUCAAGCAUUUGAGCAAGACAUCCGUCGUCAGAUGUUCCGCUCUGUCUUCAUGCUGCGUACAGAAUUCUGGGUCGACUUUCCAAGGAAGGUUCUGGGAUGUGAUAGCGUAAACAUCACAAUCGUCGAUAGCCUGAAGAGGGCACUCGGAGCUGGCGUCUCAAGAGCGUGCUCGUCACACAUGCACGAGGACCACGUGAACACGCACCCGCAAAAUGGCUCCAAGGCGCGCACUCAGCGUCGAGGACACCCAGGUCCGAAGGAAGCGUCGCGCGGAACAGUAGCGCCUUCGCCCGACUCACCGCGUCGGCCAACCAAGGGGGGCCGACUGCCCUCGGGGCCACGGGACAAGUGGACCAGCGCGCGCACGCACGCAGGCAGCCCAGAGCCGGCGGGCGCACUCCGGAGCUGGGCUGCCUGCACGGCCUUCGGGGUUGUGCGUUGCACGGCGGCGAACCGCACGCACGGAGCGUCGCCGCUGGCCGGGGCUCCUUCGUCCAGAGCUCACUCUCCUCUCCACCGCGCGUGAACGGAAGAGGCGCGCGCGACCCCCGAGGCCAGAAAAUGCGCAGCGCCCGGCCUUUCCGCUUCUCUGGUUUCCUUUUAUUCGUCGCCCCUGCGGGACAUUUCGGAGCGCGAGGACAGCGCGGCUGAGGCUUAACUAGGAGCUCCGCCUUUACAGCCUGCUCAGAGCCAACGAAAUCACUGUGACACAUUUUCUCGGUUCCUAAUCUCGACCGGUAUCUUACAAACCAAAGAAACUACCUGCUUGCAUGCAGGAACUGAUGCAGCCUCGACUAGUGAGGUGGGCCUUCACCGCAGGAAUCGGGAAACGACGACGAGGCCGGGCGUAGUGAGGAUGAAAAAAGAGUAGAAAAGAUUGUAUUCACUUCAUUGGUACAUGGUUGUGACUCUCAUCUGAGUUUCGAGCGGUCUUACUAACAAGUGGGCCAGCGUGGCCAUAAAUAACCACUGGAGGUCCUGUCGUCGUCGCCAUCUUCCUCCGGAGCCUGCCUUUCCCUUUUGCCCAUCCUUGGUGUCAGCUCGGGAAAAAGGGGUGACGUCGUCUCGACGUUUAGUUCCUGCUUCUAUCAGGUUAUGUCAGCUCGUGGAUAAUGAGGUGGCGUCGAUUCGGAGGAGAGGGCAAUUAUGUUGACGAUGGGAAGCCCGUUUGAAUGCUUCUCACACCUGACAAGUCAAUCAUAACAGUAUACGUGACUCCCACCAGCACCUUCAUUUCAUUGACAAAAAGGAAACAGUAUCAUUGUCAGUCCAAGGCAUAGCUUGCGGCGUGGUUCAGCGCUAGCCCAGUGAGUAAAGGUGGUUGCGGCGGUCAGCCACUCGUUGGAAAGAAUUGGUUAGGAAGGACAAGGUUCUGCGGAAAGGGUAUGGUUAAUGGGUCAACAAAGAAGCUCCCCUCAAGGUGGCAACGACCACCGAAUUCUGUAGAUGCGCUAACAACCAUGAAGGGUCGCUGCAAGCUGACCGUCACUGAGAGCCCACUAAUUGAAGAAAGGGGAGCCAACGUCGAGGACCACCGUGGGAACUGCGUCGACUGUAGUUUCCGAGGUUGCCACGUCAUUGCCUCGUAUGCAGGGACGCUUGUGCAACGUUGGAGGCGGAGUCCGGCGAAACGGUGCGACGUCAGGGGAUGGAUUUUGCGAGCGGUUCGACGAUUAUCAUUGGCGGAGGUACAGUCAUCAGAUUCCCUAGUCAAGCGUCUUAGGGAGGACGACUGCUUUAAAAGCGGACACCUUUGGUGCAGUGAGAGGGCCUGACGUGUCCUAAUGUGAGCUCAGACAUUUAAGGUACUCCUACAUGGAGCGGGCUUCCAUAUCUGGAGCCAGUGUAAGUACGCACAAUAAACCAUUUUUCUUUCGCUCCUACUCCCGGACGUGCUCAUGGAGGAUUCCUAGUCUAAACGCUACUCCGAGCCGCAACAAUAUAAAGCGCACUGGACUGAAGGAGAAUCCUUGAGGGCGAAGCCAGGGGCAUUCCUGUCGCAGUGACCCAGAGUAGGGGCACUUAAGGAUAGCAAAUUAGAAGCAGCAAAAUCAAAUGCAUGAAGUCGAAGCGGCGUUUCUAACGUUCAUUUACUUGAGAUGGAAAAUCGUCGACAAGAAAAGAAAAAUACAAGCAUCACUGCGCGCGUUGCAUUAUUCGCCUGCCUCGCGAUGUACUUCAGGGUCUCUGCAAAAGUCAUAACUUCCAUCCACCCAAAUGUACAUCAUCCAGCUGCAAAUGAAACACCAGGUAAACUUUGACUUUACCAAAGCUUACCAAUGCAAUUUACGCUUACUCGAUGAAUCCCACUUUAACUUCCAGUCUUCUUUCUGAUUUUCGUUCAACCGUAACAUUCUCGUUCGCAGUCGCUCGUAAUUGGA